UGACAACCUGUCAACCAGUAUGACAGGCGAAAAUUAACCAAAAAAUUUGUAUUUGUUUCUUACAUUUACAUCAGCUUUUUGUGUGUAAUUAUUUAGUAGUUUCUUAAGAAUUAUUACUACUUCGAAAAUGACGAAAGAUUUUAAAUUAAGCCAGUCCUUGUACGGUCAUUCAAUGGACGUCCGAACUAUUGCGGUUACGGCAAACAAUGAUAUUAUAAGCGGCUCUAGAGAUAGAACAGCCAAGUACUGGAAGUACAACCCCCUUCAAAAUACCUACGCCGAAGUAAUGACUUACAAGGGCCAUGAAAAUUUCGUUGGAAGUGUCCUCUAUCUGGAACCGACAAACGAAUAUCCAGACGGUCUGGUUGUUACAGGAGGUUACGACAAAGCAAUAUUUAUAUUUAAGCCAGGUGAACCCUUCCCUACCUAUUCUAUUAAAGCCGAGCACACAAACACAGUGUGUGCCCUAUCUAAAGGUCAAAGUAAAAACAGUUUUUUAAGUGCGUCGUGGGAUCACACCGCGAAAUUGUGGUGCCUAUCGUCAUCUACCUCUCAGCCCGUUCAGACUUUUACUGGCCACACGGCCGCUGUGUGGCAUGUUCUGCAAAUUAGCGAUGGUAAAAUUAUUACCGCCUCUGCAGAUAAAACGAUAGGUAUAUGGUCUGAAAACGGACAAAAAGCCAACACUUUAGUAGGACACCAAGACGCCGUUAGAUGCUUAGAGGAUUUUCCUGAAUUGAAAUACUUCAUGAGCGUUUCCAACGAUGCUACAGUUAGAAUUUGGAACUACGACGGGGAGAAUUUGAAUACUCUGUACGGGCAUAAAAACUUUAUUUAUAGUAUAGCGAGAUGCAGACCGCACGGUUUAGAUAGUUUUGUAACAUCGGACGAAGAUAGAACCGUCAAUUUUUGGCAGAACCACGAAAUCAAAUCCAACAUCGAGUUACCAGCACAGUCCGUUUGGGCGGUAGCCAGUUUAUUCAACGGUGACAUAGUAACAGGAACCAGCGAUGGAAUAAUCAGGAUAUUCACGAAAGAUGACAGCCGAGUGACCGAUGAAGUUAAUUUAGUUAAAUUCGCCGAAGACGUGAUGGCGCUUAAAAGGCAGGCGUUGCAAGAAAUCGGAGGAGUCAAAGUAUCCGAUUUACCCGGUAAGGAGGCUUUGUACGAUCCCGGCAAGAGAAACGGUCAGAUGAAAAUGAUUAGAGAAGACCAGAACGUUGUAGCUUACACUUGGGUGGAAGACGGAGAUAGCAGUCAUUGGGAGAAAGUUGGAGAAGUACUGGGUGGCAGUGAUAAAGAUGAAAACGGACGAACUGUCUUCGAGGGAGAAGCGUACGAUUUUGUCUUCUCAGUCGACGUCGAAGACGGCAAACCUCCUCUGAAAUUACCUUUCAACAGAGGCGAAGAUCCAUACAAAGCAGCCGAUAAAUUUUUAAACAAACACAAUUUACCCAAAGAUUACUUAGAGCAGGUCGUCAAUUUCAUACUUACAAACAGCAAAGAACAAUACGUACCGCCUUCUACCCCGCAUCAAGAUCCCUUCACCGGAGGAUCGAGGUACAUGCCGAGUUACGGUGCUAAUAACCAAGCAUCCGGCGUCAAUUUAGAUCCCUUCACCGGGGCCAGCAGCUACUCGUCUUCGAUGAACGCCGCCCCGCAACAAUCCGCCUCGGCGGGCGCGAACGCCGAUCCGUUUACCGGCAGUUCGAGUUACAGCACGCAAGCGCAGGGCUCCGCCGGGAACUUUUUCCCUUUGAAAGAGUACUACAGUUUCGAUACGGGCGAGCCGAGCGUCAUACUGAAAAAACUGAAGGAGUUCAACGAGAAAUGCGGCGACGGCAACGACAAAUUGGACGAUAAGGACUUGGAGGAUUUCGUGAAGUUGUGCUCGGAACCGGCCACUGAAGGAAAUGCCGUCGAUGUUCUCGCUAAAUUGUUGGAGUGGCCCGAUGAUAUCAUAUUUCCAGUGUUGGAUGUAAUACGAUUAGCUGUUCGAAAUCAAUUGAACAACAAAGUUAUAGUGAACUUAAACAAAGGUGUAAUCAUGGAGAAGAUAAAGAAUUACAUAAAUUCCGAUUGUAAGAUACAGAACAACACCGUUGUAGCCCUUCGGAUCAUAACUAAUUUAUGUUUACAAGAACCCGGCGAAAGUCUAGUGUUUGGCAAUAGAUUCGACAUUUUAGAAAAUUUCACUUCAUUGUCGCACCUGAAGAAGAACUGCCAAGUGGCUUUAGCGACGUGUCUUCUGAACAUGACGAUUCUGAUAUUGAAAAUCCAAGAUGAAAUAGGCAUUAAAGUUCUCGCGCAAGUUUUGCCCGAUUUGAUAACGAAAUUAACGGAAUCAGAGGCACAGUUUCGAGCGUACGUGGUGCUGGGCACUCUAAUAACGUCAUCGGGACCGCACAGGCCAUCCGUCAAGGCCAAAAUUCAGGAGAAUUCGGAUUUCAUGGGGACGAUGCAGUUGCAUUCGUUUUCCGGCCAAAACGAUUCGGAGAACAAACGGAUGAAUUGCGUUAAGGAAAUUAUGAACAUAUUAUAAUUUGAGUGUUUAUUUACGUUUUUUUUUUUUGAAUGUUAAGAUAAUUUUUGGGAGUGAAGUGAUUAUAAUUAAAAUGAACGAUUCGUUUUGUCUUUGUUGCGAAUGCGAAUGCAAAAAAUGGCCUAACUUUCCUCUAAUGCAAUAUAUAAAAUAAAUAGAUUAUAAACUAGAACAUAUCAUCGCUGGUUGUUAUGUGACGAGUAGUGCACGGGGCGAAACGGUCGGGUCAGUUGCGUUAUUCAACUUUACAAUCCUUUCACGAAAGUUUGCUAAUUAAUCUCCAUGUAUGUGUGUCAACAGUACCCGACUGUUAACAUACCUCGCUACCGUUUUGUAUUCAUAUUUUGUACGUUUGUAAUUGAAUUAAAGCGACCGGCUUUUCCGACUUUUCCACGUUAAUAACGUUUUCCGGAAUAUUAUUAGAUCAAAACCGGAUUGUAUAUUCAAACGGAACGUGAUGUUUACGUCGAAUAUAUUGAUAAAGAUAGGAACGUGUUUUGUAACAAGGAUUUGUA